AUGUCACAUGUUAAAAAAGAGUCUAAAGGAAAUUUCGGAGUUUCUGGUGCCCUACAUGCCUUGAAUAUAAUCAAGUUGCAUAUUCCUAAAGCCAGUCCAAAUCUUACCAUCUCCUUCCUUGAAAUGAUUGCAAAGAGAGAUUUUGGAAAUUCAAAGGUAUUAGACCUAUGUAAACACUACUUGCAUACUCUUAAUUCUGCGACUUGCAGUAUCUCUGACAAUGAAUCCGAUUGCGACGUCUACGUAAAACACUUACCUUCGGCUGUCAUCAAAGAAGAAUCGAGUAUUAUGACCGAAAUCCUGAAAAGGAUUUGCUUGCAAGAGGUGGAAGACUGUUUUCCGUCAAUCAUAGAUCUCUGGCAUAAUGAUAGAAAAAAGUGGCGGCCCUGCUUUCGCCUUCCUCGCUACGGGUUACCUUCUACUCUACCUGGUGAUGCAGAGUUUUAUUCCAACAAGGGUUUUGUCCGCUACGUCUUGGAGUUCCAGUACCACCAAUUUGUCGUGACCCUCACGGAACAUCAGGAAUGUCAUUUGUUGAAGUCUCCCAUGGAACAACUACAUCAUGCCAAGAUCAAAAUUGACACGCACAUUGAAGCGCUGCAAAAAGCUGUGGAACCAGUUAUUCCAGUACCAUUGGUAUCAAAGCCAAUUGUUCCGCGGAUGACCGUAAACACUCCUCAAACUCAGAUGACUCCUUCUCUCUCCAAGUGUAAUGCCAUAGCCGCCGAUGCAAUAGCGGCGGAGUAUCCGAAAAUGAUGGCAACUUCAGCUCAAUUUAAAAUGGGGAAAAACGAUUACCACCGAGUUUGCACAAUUCAUCCAAAUACGAGAAAGCUGUUACAACUUGACAUUAGCAACAUGAUAGCCAAGCGAUAUAAGAAGAGGAGGGCGAUUCGCGUCCAAAACAAAGCGCUCCGCAUGACCCGUGCGUGGAGAUCGGCUACGAUAUCAACUUACUCUGCUAGAUCUUUUGAAUCACUGGAUUAUUCCCUGGAGGAAUGGGAGCAUGGCGACAACAACGUAAUGACCGAUGAAUCACUUUCGCAGGACGGUGAAAAUGACAGCGCUUCAAAAUGGUGUGAACCAAAUCCUUGUCAGCCGACUGUAAGUAUGUUGGCGAAAAAACGCUGGACAACGUUUGUCGAGCACGGAAGAUGGGGAUCAUUCACCGUAGAUGAUGAAAGUGAUGAGGACUAAUAUUCCGAUGAAUUUGAUGACGAGUUCUAAGAUAAUGAUGCUGAAGAUAGUGAUUGCGAAGGGGAUACCCCAAACGGUGAUUUCUAACAAUUAUCCUGCAUCAAUACCUUCUUCUUGUCCAUCGGUGUCACCAGCUUCGUCUAUUUCCGGUUGUGCAGAUUUUUUCUGCACGUGAGCAGAUGAAUGAAUUUCCUGGUUUUGCUUUAGCUUUGAAAUAACGAGAAAUGCGAGCUCAAAAUCUUCGUAAUCCUUUUGUUUUUAUAUUCCUCGAUCCACGCUUCCGGAUCAAGUUGCCGGAAUGAGAGCGGACUUUUUGCAACCUUCUCUAGCUCCGCCCCUACCCCCAAGAAAACAAAAAAUAAUUUGAGAUGCGACUGUGCAUUUGUGCAACCAACUUAAGAUUCAAAACUCAUUACCAGUGUCGCCUUUGUUGUUGUUACAUCGUGAAACGAGGCGAAAAGAGCGAUACAAAUUAAUAAUACUU